GACGCCAAGUGGCUGGCUGUGCCGGCGAUGGUCUUCACCGUCAACAACGUCCUCGUUUUCGAGGCCAUCGGCAAGAACGACGUGUCCACUUUCGGCGUGUUCCGCGACACCAUGAUCCUCUGGACCGCUUGCAUGUGGAGGUGCGUCUUCAAUGUCCAGCUCGGCUGGACCAGGCUUGGUGGCAUCUUCAUCGUGUUCCUCGGUCUUGUCGUCAACAAGGUGUUCUCGGCGAGGUCCUCGGGCGAGUUCUCCUGGAUGUUCAUGUGGGUGCUGCUCAUGACCCUGUGCAACGCGUUCGGCUCCGUCGCGAACGAGUACGCGCUGAAGCAGAACAGGGCCCUCGACAUCAACGUGCAGAACAUGGUGCUCUACAGCUUCUGCGUGGCCUGCUCGCUGGCCUUCCUGGCGGCCACGGACCCGGCCCGCAUCGCAG